UAUGUAUGAGAAUGUAGUGUUAUAGUACUCACCAAACUGCAUGGUGCGCAUCAGUUCGAUAUACCUCGCCUCCCGACUCGCCCCGUAUAUGGACCGCGCUAGUCCCACAUUGUCGGAUUCGUUUUCUGAACGACACAUUAACGCAGAUGUUGCCUGAAAUCAGUAUUCAUAUAAUGCAAUCUCCAACAGAAUGCUAAAUUCACUCCAAAAGCCAUGCCCUCUACAGGGUAUCAUCCCGAGACCAUGCUUGAUUUAUAAAUAAUAUAUAGGGUGUAUGAUACGAGUUAUAUAUACGUACUUAUAUAUUAACUUAUACAUAACAUCAAAAUAAACAUUCAAAUUAACAUCUUAUUUAAUGGCAGUAAUGUUCGAAGUCACGAGCGAGUCGGACGCGAACUCGAGGCAAGAACAUUUUGUAUCAGCAGUUUAGUCAUUAUUUAGCAAAAUGAUAUAAAACGUCGAGUUGGUUACACAAUUUUAUUAAUUUAAAUAAGUACUUAUCUCAAAUACGACAGUCCAUCAACAUCUCAUUUUAAGUUUGGAUAAUAUGCUGUUAUUUACAGUUUUCCACUGACCCCUAUCAUUGCGUGGCGUUGUAUUCAAAGCGCGGUCGAAACACAACUGUAUGAAAACUCUGCCUAAUAGACGCGUUUAUUGUAAGUCAAUGUUGUAGCUGUAUGAUUUAUAAAUAGAGACGGGUUAUCACAAAAGGAUUAGAUACCUGAAUGUCAGCUAUGAGCGAAGCGAGUCCCUCAUCCUCUUCCGAUAAGUCAGAGUUACUCGAUGUACUGAAUCUUUGGCUAUACGUCAUCUUUCCAAAUAUGUUCUUUUUGCUCAUUCUGUAACAUGCAAUCAAAUGAUGGUUGGUUGGAAUGGUGGCACGACAAAUCGAUGUGAUAGGCCUGAUAGGUUAUGUGGUAGCCUGUCAAAUCAAAUCAAAAUCACUAUUCAUAUAGGUCAAAAGUUUUCUUUUCUUUUUAUAUCAACCGCCACUUCGAAAAGGGUUGAGCUUUAAUGAAAAGUCGUAAGAAGCUCAUUGCCACUCUUUUAAAUCAACAUUUACAGCUUCAUCUUUUUACAAAUCAUUUACAGCAACAAAUAUACUCAAACGUCAAAUAUUCAACGCCUAACACAAGUCAAAAAAAGAAAAUGUAAAGGAUUACAGAAAAUCAAGAGUUAUUGAGUACAGUAGAUGCAUCAAUCCACACACAUCGUAAAUAGAUAAAGCCAGUUGGCUGUGACAUGAUGAUUGGAUCAAACGCUAAAGAAGACAAAUGCAGGCAAUGCAGAGGUAACGGCACCCAUUGUCACACCAGCACAGGAAUCAUCGACUCAAAUGAUCUCAGGAAAGGAUAUAACGACGUGCUUCUAAUACCUGAAGGUGCCACAAGCAUUGUGAUUUAUGAAGUAAGGGAGUCAAACAACUACCUCGCUAUCAGAAGCAAGAUCAAGGACAAAUAUUAUUUAAACGGCGGAUACCGCAUCGACUUUCCGAGGAGUAUUGUGAUAGCUGGUACCCUGUGGCACUACGAGCGUUCGCCCCAAGGGUUUGCUGCGCCAGAUAAGCUGACUACUCUCGGUCCCACCACAGAACCCUUGUAUUUAUCACUGCUCCUCGUUGAUGACAAUGUGGGUGUUCAGUAUGAGUACAGCUUGCCGACCGCCUUGGCUCCCCGUCCGCAUCAGCAAUACAACUGGGUUCAUGGUGAAUUCACACCCUGCAGUGCUUCGUGUGGUGGAGGUUUUCAAACACGCAAUGUGAGCUGUCGGUCGCGUGAUGAACUAGAUGAAGUAAAAGAUAACCUGUGUGAUGAAGGUCUUAAGCCACCUACCAACCAGAGUUGCAACACGGAGGUGUGCCCAGCGCACUGGGUGGAGGGACCUUGGAGUAACUGCUCGAAGCCUUGUGGAGAAGAUGGAACCAGAUCGCGGCAGGUUCGCUGUGAGCAGGUCAUCAGUAAUGGACAUUCGUCAAUAGUCGAUGAUAAGGAAUGCAUCGAGCUCCACGGACGAAAACCGGCUCGAUUCGAGGAAUGUAACAAGAACGCAACCUGUCCAACUUGGUUCAAGGGACCAUGGAAAGCUUGUGACAAGCUUUGUGGUGAGGGUAAGCAAACCCGGCAAGUGGUCUGUCAUCGGCGAGUCAACGGUCGAGUGGAGGUGUUUGGAGACGAGGAGUGUCCUGAAGAGAAGCCACCUGCAGAACAGCCCUGUAUCCUGCAUCUUUGUGUUGCAGUGGAUUGGGUGCUCAGUAAUUGGACGGGGUGUGAUACAUGUUCAUCUAAAAACAGAACUAGGGUAGCCCAAUGCGUGACUGAAAACCGCCAAGUGGUUGAUCCAAGCAUGUGCAGUUAUCAUCAAAUGCCAGUUUUGGAAGAGCCGUGCGAUAAAGACAAAUUACCUGAUUGCGAAGUACAAUGGUACGCGACCCAGUGGAGCAAAUGUACAAAGGUAUGCGGCGGCGGUGAACAGAAACGAGCAAUUAUGUGUCUUCGCGGUAACAAGGAGUCUAAAGACUGUGCUGAAGAUUCCAUUCCUGAGAACUGGCGAUCAUGUAAUGAACAGCCCUGUGAUGAAGACCAAAUGCUACCAUUGAAUACUAAGUCUACACCCAUUAUGGAUGAUGAUUACAUUCUCGGGGAAUGUAUUGAGUACGAAAAGGACUACGAAGAAGAAGGAGCCGAAGUUAUUGAUGACACUCUUCCCAGUAAUGAGCUCGACGUCAUGUUUAGUGAUAGCCCAGUUCUAGAAGGCUCUGGUGGCUGGACCGCUUUCACUGAAAUUGAAUCAGAAUUUACUACUGAAGAAGGCUCUGGUGCAGAUAUAAGUGUAACGGAGGUAACGGUAACUCUUAGCGAAUUCACAACAGAUACUAACACAGAUGAAUCUACUGAUAUCACUAUAGCAUCGACAACUUUAACAAAUACCAAUAAACCUUCUGAACACACUACAGAAACCGAAACAAACACCGACGAAACUACGGAAAGUACUGAAGAAUCCACAACUGUAACAAACACAAACAAUAAUGCUGAAAGCACUAUUUAUUCAUCAACUACUGACAUUGCAACUAAGAGUACGAUUGAUUCCACCACUGGAACAAAUAUUGUACAAUAUAGUGAAAGUACGACCGGAACAAAUACAGAUAAUGUAACAGAAAUUAAUUUAGAUUCAACAACUGAAACAAUUACUGAUGAAUCUACUGAAAGUAGUGUAGAACCCACAACUGGAACAAAUAUUGAAAUUACUAUAGUUUCAACAACUGAAACAAAUACUGAUGAAUUUUCUGAUAGUACUGUAGAAACAACUACAGAUACUGCUACUGAUACUACUUUAGAAUCUACGACUACAACAAAUAAUGACAAUGGAACUGAGAGUACUAUAGAUUCAACAACUGAAACUAAUACUGAUGAAACAACUGAAAGUACUGUAGAAACAACAACUGAUAAUACUACUGAAAUAAGUAUAGAAUCUACCACCGGAACUAACAAUGACAAUGAAACUGAAAGUACUAUAGAUUCGACUACAGCAACAAAUACUGGCGAAUCUUUCGAAAUUACCAUAGAAUCUACAACUGGUACAAAUACUGACGAAUCUUAUGAAAGUACUAUAGAAUCUACAACAGGAACAAAUGGAGAAAAUGCUUCUGAAAGUACUUUCGAAUCGACGAAAGGAACAAAUACUGACAAUGGAACUGAAAGUACAAUAGAAUCCACUACUGAAACGAGUACAGAUAGUACUAUUGAUAGUACUAUUAAAUUCACAACUGGAGCAAAUACCGACGAUGAAACUGAAAGCAGUUUAGACAGCACAACUGGAACAAAUACUGACAAAUCAUCUCAAAGUACUGUAGAAUCUACAACAGACAGCUCUACUGAAACAACUAUAGAAUCUACAACGGGAAUGAAUACGGAUGAAUCUACAAGUGGCACAACUGAUGUAGGUCUUCAGACUGGUAGCACAGAAAUAGGAACAGAAAUAGUCUCGACAACAGAUGCUGGGUUCAGUUCGACUGAAAGCUCUACUAUAACAGAAGCUGAAACAACACAGACUGGAACCAGUGAAUAUGCUGAAACAUCUUCCACCGAAUCUAACGAACCAACAUCAUUAACGCAAGAAAGUACUACUGAAGCUCAAUUGGACUGGAAAUCAACUGUGGAAGUAUACACUCAACGGCAGAAAUGUAAGAUUAGGCGUAAGAUCGCUAAAUGCACGGAUAUUCGGAUAUAUCCGUACGGAUGCUGUCCUGACAAACGAACACCUGCGAAGGGGCCUUUCGAUCUAGGUUGUAAGAACAUUACGACGUGCGCUGACACAAAGUACGGUUGCUGUCCCGACGGUGUAUCACCAGCUCUGGAUGAUAAAGGAGCGGGCUGUCCUGUCACACCCUGUAACGAGACGCUCUACGGCUGCUGCAAGUCUGACAACAUUACUGCUGCUACUGGAAAUGAUGAUGAAGGAUGGCCCGUAAUACCAGCCUGCAAGACUACAGAGUAA